AUGAAAGCGCGCGUCGAGUUCUAUAUAUUUCGACAAAGAAAAGUUGUUCAUAAUCAAUUGAAUGUUGUUGAAGAAUGCGAACACCCCGAAGCAUAUGCACCCAACUUAAUGGGUGGAAUUGAAUAUUACUAUCCAUUAGUUCGAACAGCAGCUAUCGAUGUUGGAAUCAAAUGUUUGGACUAUGCUUGGAAAUCAAAAAAUUUAACUCAAUUACCUAAUGAUGAAGAUCAAUGGAAACAACUCUAUACCGUACUGAGUGAACCAUUUCGGGUAGAAAAAAUAUGUGAAUCAUAUCAAAAUUCAUCUGCUAUUGAUACACUUUUACAAAGUUUGAUCAUACUAAAUAGAUUACUCGAAAAUGAUGUUUUAUUACAAGCAAUAAUAAAAUCAUUUAUCGAAUAUUUACGUUAUUUGAUUAAACGUAAUAAAAUGAUUGAUCAACAAAUUAAAAAUUUUAUUAUGGAUUUAAACUGUGAAUUAUCAAAUUUACUAUCGAGAAAUAAUAACACAGUAAUGUGGAAUAUAUUAUUUUACUUUCAAUCCGAUAAUUUAACAAAUAUUAUCUGA